GCUGAGGCAGCGGGAGGCGGCAGAGCGGGCUUGACCUGAGCGAAGCUGAGCAGAGUGUAGGGACGAGGCCGCUGGCCGCCUUCUUGCCGUUUAACCGCCGACUCCGACCCGUCGCCGCGCCGACUCUCCUCCUCACCCCCGAGCCGUCGCCAUGGUGAAGAGCGUGGGCAGCCUGUCCGAAUUUGAGACAGAACUGAAAGCUGCUGGUGAGAAGCUUAUAGUAGUUGAUUUCUCUGCCACAUGGUGUGGGCCAUGCAAAAUGAUCAAGCCCUUUUUCCACAGUUUGUGUGAGAAGUAUGGUGAUGUGGUGUUCAUCGAAGUUGAUGUGGAUGAUGCCCAGGAUGUUGCUACACACUGUGAUGUGAAGUGCAUGCCAACAUUCCAGUUCUACAAGAAUGGAAAGAAGGUGCAGGAGUUCUCUGGGGCCAAUAAAGAGAAGCUGGAAGAGACCAUUAAAAGCCUGGUCUAAUCUCCAGCCAUGGAGACAUUGAAGCAUGACUGCUUCGGCUAAAUUAUAGCCUGUAACUUUUCUACUUAAAUCUAAACAAGCUAGCUAGGUUAAGUGGUGGAAACUAUCCUCUUGAUCUAUGUAAAUGAAUACAAUAAAGUGUAAAUUCUUCACUUUU